AUGAAGGUCAGAGGAAGUAGAAUUAACAAAAUGAGCAAAGAUAAGGGGCGAAAGGACAGUUUUUUGGGGAUGACAGAAGAAAAAGAAUAUACAUUAGAAGAGGAACUCAAAAAAAGACAAUUAGUAUACGGUCAGUGAGGUGGGAACGCAUCCAAGAAAGCAACGGAUUGACUGUCCCUACGAGGUGGAGCAAAUAGAUCAGUAUUGAGUAAUUAACCUUUUCGAACGAUUUGGAAAAAUUAGUGCAGAUUCCAUUUACUUAACUAAGCCAGCGGAAAGAAUCACUUAUACGUAACUAAUAAAGAUCAAAUUGUGACUUGGUCGCUGAGCGGCCAGACCACAAACCAUACUGUUCGUCAAUAAAAAUAUUGCUAAGAAAUGGACGAAUAUAAGUAAAGACGAUGGUAUCAUAUAAUUUUAGAAAGGUGUGGAAGAAUAGUAAUGGCUGAUAGUUAAGAACAUUAAUUGGAUUACCCGAUUUAAGAAUAGAAAAAAACAGAACCAGUUUUAAAGACAGUUUGAAAAACACCGACUUGGAGGGAUUUAUUAAACACGAGCGAGAGAGGCAAGAACAUCUGUGAGAGUGUAAAGGUAGUUGCUUUGAAUACCAUCAGGCGUGACGGACCUCAGGAUACGGAAAGAAGCUAAAGACUUGGAGAGACCUUGUAAAUGGAUAUCAGGACCCGCGAGUAGGAAAAAAAACGUAAUGACUGACAGUGGGGGGGGGGGCAAAAGAAAAGGGAAGAAAACAGGGGUGAAUAAACGGAGGAGAAAUGCGGAGAGAAAAGUUUGGCCGCGUCAAUAGGGUCGGUAUUAUAGAUACUCCGUUGUAAAUGGCUUGUGAGGGUAUUGAUGGUGACGAACGGUGUUUCCAUAUGAAGGAUUAAAAAUAACGAGAAUUUCGCGUGAAAUUCAGUAUGUGAGUAGAAAUCUCGGAGGCACUUCCAUGACAGAGAUUUACAUUGAACGCGAGAAAGGAAAAAAAAAUGCGAUAAUCAAAUUAAGAGCCGGUGGAUUUGAAUUAAGGAAUAAAAAUGGUUUUGGCAAAAAUGAGAUUCUUAAACUCAGAAGUGAACCGGGCAGAAAAAGUAGCAAGGCGACGAGUAACCCAAGGGAUGAAAGAGAGAAUAAAUGUCUGUACCCCGAAAAACAUGAUAAUUCUAAGGAAUCACUUCUAAGAAAGAUACUUCUGUUCGAAGUAUUAAAAUAUUAA